UAAGACUCUCUGGGAUAUGGUCCCGCUCGCCAUAGGUGCAAAAUAGCUGUGCGUCGGUAUAUAUGGCUUAAAAACGAAAUGAUCUGAGCCCAUUUUCUUUUUUGUGCAUGCACAUGUCUUCCUGUGAUAUGUUUUCAGCCUUCCCAUUGUUUUUUUAUUUAUCGGACGGCAAAUAUAAAAACCGUAUUUUUUUGCCUCUGUCAAGGUCCCGAAAUCGAGUGGUAGUAAAAAAUAGCUGAAAAAAUGCUGAGCUUCUGACAAAUGAACGUCAUCAGGAAGUCGUAGUCUUCUAAAUUUUUAAUUUGAUCGAUCACCGCAUCAAUGCUGUGCCUGGCCUACUGCCGAUGCUGGUGCGGUGACCCUGACCUCUGACCCGUCCUCCGUGCCCCCAGGCCAUCCGAUGACCCGGCAGCAAUGCGUUGUGUUCUGGCUCUCUGGCAUCGUCAACUUCGGCGUAUCGGCGAGCGUGGCUACCAUGGCGCCCUUCUUCCCGCUGGAGGCGGAGCGGACGCGGCAUGACGGCCACCACGGCGUCGCUGGUGUUUGGCGUGUACUCGGUGGCGGCCCUGCUCACUUCACCCUUCAUGACCCGCCUGGUACCGUAUGUGGGACCGAAAAACGUCUUCUUGGCCGGAUCUUUCUUGGUGGGCACCGGCAACAUUGCCUUCGGGUCUCUGGCGUACGUCCACGACCUCCAGUUGUUUACCAUCUACUGCUUCGUCACCCGCGUGCUGAUGGGCACAGGAUCGGCAGCCAACAUCACGGCCACCUACACCUACGUCUCGAGCACGUUCUCCGCGAACAUAGCGGCGACGGUGGGCAUGCUUGAGGUGUUCACGGCACUGGGCACGUGCGCCGGCCCUGCCCUCGGCGGUCUGCUGUUUGCCGCUGGAGGAUACAGCAUCCCGUUUUAUAGCGUUGGAUUGUUCCUGCUUAUAUUGCUCCCCAUAAAUGUGCGCGCUAUGCCGCAAAUCAAAGCGCUGUCAACAUCCUCUCCAUCGUGUCGCCACGUGUUAACGCUACUUCCCCGUGUACGUGGUGCUGGGCGCCGUCGCCAUGGCAACCAUGAUGAUUGGCUUCACAGAGGCGACUCUGGCGCAGCAUUUGGCCAGCAGGUUUGAGUUCAAGCCGCGCACGAUUGGGCUCAUUUUCCUGAUGUACUCGGUGGCGUACGGCGUGGCGUCGCCAAUCUCCGGCCGGCUCAGUGACGUCAUAAAUAAUCGGCUGCUGCUGAUUGGUUGUGCGCUGGUGCUGACGUCACCAGUGCUAAUAUGCUUCUCACCGCCGACGCUCCUGGCCUUCAUACCCAGUGACCGGCUGUGGCUGGCGCUACUCUGCCUCUGCCUGGCCGCCGCCCUGAUCGCCGCCACCAUGGUGCCGACCUUCGGCGUGCUGCGGGACAUGCUCAAGGGUCCGGUCGGCCUGCCCGAUGACGUCACAACGGACGCUCUGGUGUCGUCGGCCUUCCAGACCUUCUUCUACGUAGGCUACGUGGUCGGACCUGCUGUCGGCGGACUCCUGGUGGACAGCAUGGGCUUCAGCAACUCGGUUGUAGUCAUCAGCGGUGUCGUCCUGUUCUGGGGCGUGCUCUCGCUCAUCACGGGCUCCGUGCUCGCCUGCCAGCGGCCUAGCCCCGCGCCCCGCACCCCCAUGGGCGAGGAGAUGAUCAAGAACGCCGACCUGCGAGAGCUGCAGGAGCUGCUCAAGAGCCCCGCUUGA